AUCGAUGAGAGGAAGCAUUACUACCAUUGCUUUAUACAAUGAGCUGCUUCAAGUUUUGUCUACCUCUUCACUCCACAAGCCUCACAUCAAACAGCUUGUUGGAGGAGUGAGUGAGUGAGGUGCAACAGUCCAACAAUCUUGCAAAACUGCCGCAUAUUAUUGUUGCAACACCUGGACGCCUCCUUCAUCAUUUAACCAAGAUAAGAGGAUUUUCUCUUGACAGUAUUAAAUUUCUGCUAGGAUUUGAUUAUUUUGUCAGCUUCAGGGUUUAUUUUUUUGUUGAGUAAGGUAGUUGCAACUUACAGAUGGAACAGAUGGUGUGGACAUAAAAAAUUUAGACCACUAGAUGCAGUUGUUAUAGGAGGAUUGAGGAAGACUAUUGAUUAAAGCAAUAAUGUAAAAUAUCUAGACAUGGGGAUCAAGACUAAAUUUGAAAAAAAAUUGAGAAUGACAGAAUCUUAUGAAAACAAUGCAAGAUUUAUAAGAUAUUCAGAUUGUUUCAUCGAUCAUUAGAUGAUGCUUUUGUCUAGCAUUUUCUAUCCACCCAAAUAGUAACACUAAAUGGAGCAGGCUUUGGAGGAGGCAGACAGGUUGCUUGGUGAGGAGUUUCAGAAACCAACAAAUGAAAUUCUGAAGGUUAUUCCUCGUGGUGGUGAACGGAGGACAUAUUUAUUUUCUGCUAUCAUGACCAACAAGGUCAAGAAGGUGGCAAGGGCUGGUCUAAGGAACCCUGUGAAGCUUGAAGUAGCAUCUAAGUAUUCUACGGUUGACACCCUAAAGCAGCACAUGAUGACAGUGCCGGUGCAGUACAAGGGAUGUUAUCUCGUAUAUCUUCUUACUCAGAAGUGCCAAUGCACAGCAAUCGUGUUCACUGAAAAAUGCUCAAAAACACCCUUUUUGGCAUGUAUGCUUCAAAAUCUUGGCAUCAAGGCCAUCGCCCUCCGUGGUCAAAUGAGCCAGUCAGAAAGAAUUGAAGCCUUAACUAUGUUCAAAGCUGGACAGUGUAACGUACUUGUUUGUACUAAUUUGGCAAGUCGAGGAUUGGAUAUCCCAUCACUGGAUAUGGUUAUCAAUUAUAAUGUGCCUGCGAGUCCUAAGGUUAGACACACCUUGUUUGCUAUUUGCGUCAUAUAUAAUUAGCCAUUGUGAAUUUGCAUUUUGCAGCACCUACAUUAUACGAAGCCACUUUUAAGUUUGUCAAAUUAUAAUGUUCCCUUUGUCAGUCAGUCACAACAAACUGUUUUGCUCUUUCGUUGUUAAUCUGGUGGAUCAUUUUCAUUUGCUUCCAACUUCUGUACAGAGGUUCAUUUUCACUCACUAGAACAUGUUCGGUGUUACAAGUUUUCGUUUCUUAUCUUCUUUCUUAUCAUAAAUUAUUUGGAA